AUGUUAGCAAAAAUAUUAUUUCCAAUGUGUCAUUUGAAACAUAUGACAUUAAUAUUGAACAAAGCAUUGAAAGUGGGUAAUAAUAUAUUGAGUGGUAUUCGAUGGAGAUCAUUCUUAUCAACGACACUUAUUUUAUUGAAAACAUUUAACUUUAAGUUUUCUAUUGAACCAACAUCCGAACAAGAAAUGUAUGUCAUUUUAAAUACAUUUAAAUCCAAAUGGUGGUCGAAAAAAAAGCGAUGGUUUGUGGAAUAUGAUGCUCAUCAAAAUGCUCUUAUCACGAUACCUUAUUUUGCUUCAAAAACUUUCGAUAAUCGUCAAUCAUAUUCAUUUGAUUUGAUGCAGAAUCCUAAAAUAUUCUAUUCAAAUAUCAAUGAUUUAAGUAUCGAUCUCGUGAAAUAUGAUGAAUUCGAUCAAAUAUUAAUGUCUCAACCUAUAAAUCAACCACGUUUUAAUCAUGUAACAAGACUGUCAUUGAAUGGCUACUUAACAACAGAUAUUUGUGAUGCAAUUCGAAAUGAUGUGAAUCUUAGCAUGAUUCAAUAUUUUGAAUUUUCAUCAAAUGUUGGUACUAAUGAAGCUUUUAUUGAAUUAUUUGAAAAUAUGACUAAUCUUUCUUCUAUUCAUUUACAAUAUUUACAUAGUCUUGAUCUAUUUAAUCUAAUUUGA